AUGGAAUAUUGUGAAAGGAAAUCAUUGCGUCAGGUGAUCAACGAUACAACAAUAGUUUACAAUCAAAAAACGAUGAUCUGUUGGGCCGAACAUCUCUUCCGUGCACUUCAAUGUUUACAAGAGAACCACAUCGUGCAUCGAGACUUAAAGCCAGAAAAUGUGCUUGUGACAGGGGACUUUAUUUUGAAAUUUUGCGAUUUCGGUUGUGUGAGAGAGCUGAAUAACACAGGAACAGUGACAAUGAUUGGCACUUAUCGAUACAUGAGUCCGGAGAUGGCAACGAAAAGUUGGUUUACUCACCAAAGCGACGUGUAUUCGAUUGGAUUAGUGCUUUGGGAGAUAUCUGAGCGAGAAGUUGUUUAUGCUGAAUAUGGAGUGAGGCAAUUUGAUCAUUUCACCUUUUUCCCCGAUUUUCAACUUGGAAAUGUUCAAUUGCCAUCGCCACACUGUGACGAAACUCUCAAACAAAUGAUACUAGAUUGCACAGUUUUUGAUCACACAGCUCGACCUGCUAUUCACAAAUGCUUGACUCAAAUUGACGAUUUACAAAAGCGAUACGUUGAUUUGGACUUUUCGCCGUUAAUCAGCCCCAAUCGAAAGUGUCUUCUCCGAUUGGAUCAAACAACAAUUGCUGACAAUAACAGUCAAUCCUCAGACAUUCCUUUUCUUUCCUCCAUCGAAUCUCCAGACGAGUCACCAUCGACUGAGUUUGAGCAUAAAAACGAAUCAGAUUUCAAUCGAAUACUUCGCAGAUCUCAUGAGAUAAGUGAUAAACUAAAGAAAGCAACAGUAAUGCCGAUAACGAAAUUGAUGCGUGAGAAUCGACUAAGCCACGGUGGAUUGCGUGCAUUACGGAAGAAACUAGAUGAAGAUAUUAUCGAUAUGCCUGUGAGUGAUCCCCUUUGUGAACAUCGAGACUUUCUCCAAAAAACCGUUUUCGAUUAUGAGUUCACUUUUGACUCUCUACCACUUUUCCCCGAACCCGUCAACGAAAAUUUUUUAAAGUUUCUGUUAAAAAGUGGGCUUGACACGGAAGUGAUUGAAGAUUUGAUGACUGAAAGUAUAACUUGGUAUUUAUUGAGGAUUGAUGACUUCAAAAAGUAUCGUGCCACUUUGAUUAAAUGCUUUCGAGCUUUAUCCGACUUUUACGAGACAAACGAUGCCGAGUUAUUCCGCGAACAAAUUGCUGCAUUUCAAACUGCUUUCAAAAGAAAUCCUUGGUCAGGCGAUAUCGCUGACUCACCGACACAUCUACGCUUGGUUGUUUAUAAAAAUGAGAAAACGGUGCCAGAUGCAUGGUAUUUACUUUCAAGAAAAGAAUCACUUUUUGUUCGAUGCGAUUACUCUGAAUUUCGCAAGUUUUCUCCAUUUCUUGAAUCGUCCAAAAAUCUCGAUAACAUCUCGUUUUUCGAUGUUGAAUCACCAAACGAUCCAUUGAGGAAAGUGGAGAAUCGAAGCUUCAAAUAUGAGCAAAUUGACGAUGAAAAUCUUGCUCGGAUCACGGUUGAUCGAUUGCUUUUUGUUGUUGAGGAAUUCAUUGGAUUCAUGGAGAAAUUGGUGAGAAGAAUCGAUGAAGCAGAGGAAAACGGCUUUGAUCCCCAGAAAAAAUUAUGGGAAUCAAAGGCAGACUAUCCAUCGAUUUUGCAACAACGAUUUUGCAGAGAAGUUUUCCCGAAAAUAGCAGCA